AGAAAACUCCCAAGCCAUAAGUGAUGGUCAUUUAUUAUGGCAAGCUGACGGAGAUGUUCCGGGUUUCGAACUAUCAACUUUAUAAUGCAUAUGCAUGGUCCAAACUGUUCUCACGACAAAGGGUACUGCAGGAGUUGCCAUAGCUAGUGUUUUGGGAGUCUAAUGUAUGCUUAUAACAGAGCACAAUGGACAAAAACAAUGGAGGCUAUGGAUAUGUUUCAGCUGCUCAAGAUCCUAACAUGUAUCCUAACCAAGGCUAUGUCGGUCCUGGAUAUGCACUUGGGAACUGUAAUCAAGUCUCGCAUCCCAGGCCUCCAGUCGAUAAUUAAUAAAAGUAUUGCUGAACUAGAGGCGGAAUUGAGUCGUUUUGGCAAGCCUGUUGCUUUUGAUGGUGGAGGUAAACUGUACCUGAUUAUGGAGAUUUGUCAUCUUUAUGAUGGAAUUUACAAAGAACAUCUUGACGGCAUGUAUGUAGCUGGUAGAUUGGAAUGUAGCUGGUGUUACUUUCUGGUAGAUUGGAAUGUAGCUGCCCCUGCCCACACAUGAACGACGUUCUUUGUCGUAUGUGAACCAGGGACACAACACAUGGAUGCUCUACUUGAUAUCAUUUAUGAAGUAUUGGCUAAGUUCAUCGUCAUCGGAGGAGCUUAUCGUUUUGUUGUUUAACAUGUUGUUUUUAGCUUAUUG